AUGGGAAUAAUCACGGAAUCAAACUUUUUCAUGGUAUCAGAGCCCGGUACGAAUAUCAGACAAAGCAAGCCCCUCCCACCUUUCUCUGAAGCUCGCUCGAGUUUAUGCCUUGAAGAAAAAGCCCUGGCUGAGAUGAAUGAAGAGCCGCCGGCGGCAGUGGUGGCCGCAACCCACUGCGAUUUUGAUGAUUCUGGUGAUAAUUCAAAUAACAAUCAGCAUCAUCGUGGCAAAAACCACCACAAAUCUCGCGGUUCAGGCGGCGGUAAGAAACAUGGCGAUGGUCGUGGUUCUGGAGGCGGCGGCGGCCGCGGUGGUGGUGGUCGUGGCUCUGGCGGUGAGACGCAGCAACAACAAUCGUGGCAGGCAACACCGACAGGAUUUUCGGACGGGGAUGACUCUCAUGAGAUGUGA